UGGAGCUCUAUGGUAGAGGAGAGCUAGCCGGCUAGCAGCGUCUCUCAACCCUUCCUCUCUUUGUCACGGUAUUCACAUCUACCGUCAGCUCUUUGUGCUAAGCAGAGACAGUCACGAAUGGUGAAGAUAGAAUGCAGAGUUCUCAACUUGUUUUCUGUUCACUUAUUGAAGGCUGCACAUUUAUGGCGUUUGUCAGUGUGAGUGGAGACUUCUGCCAGGCACAGCACCUGGUCAUUGUAGACAAGUGAACAGAGGGCCUGCCAUAUGAAGAUUAUACUACCUGACUGCCCGUCUUACAUUCUGCACUUUUGCGGAGCAUCUUUUUUUGUCCAAAGUUGAAGUGUAUGAAUCGAUUUGAGCCAAUCAAGGUACUAGAGAGUGAAUUGUUUUGUUUUUUUCGCUCACUCUAGUGCCAACUGAUCAUCUCUUCUUUUCUGAAUGGGGUAAUUAUAAAUUGUGAAUCAGAAGGAUAGUUCCCUUCUUUAAUUUUAUUUUUAAGCUGUCGGAGCGAGAACGUGGUUUACCUUUUUAGAACAUUCAGUGAUUUGCCUUAAAGUCAAAUUGUUUCAAUAUUUUGGAGUCUUUUACUCUUCCCUGUAGAACAAUCGGAAGUUGUUGCUUUUUUUCUCUUCGUAAAGUACAAUUUAAAUUCAUUUGAGUGUCAAAAUGAAUCGCCCCGCUCCUGUUGAGAUCACUUAUGAAUGCAUGAGGUUUCUCAUCACCCACAAUCCCACCAACUCACAGCUGGCCAAGUUUACAGAGGAGCUAAAGAGUUUUGGGGUGCAGACUCUGGUUCGGGUUUGUGAGUCAACUUAUGACAAAACACCAGUGGAAAAAGAAGGCAUUGAAGUUUUGGAUUGGCCUUUUGAUGACGGUUGUUCACCACCUGACCAAAUUGUUGAUGACUGGUUGAAUCUUCUCAAAUGUAAAUUUAAAGAUGAACCAGGCUGUUGCAUUGCAGUACAUUGCGUUGCUGGAUUGGGGCGAGCCCCUGUCUUGGUGGCCAUAGCCUUAAUCGAAUGCGGGAUGAUGUACGAAGAUGCAGUCCAGUUUAUUCGUCAGAAAAGACGCGGGGCUUUUAACGCCAAACAGCUUAUGUAUCUUGAAAAAUACAAACCCAAGAUGCGCCUGCGCUUCAAGGAUGCCAAUGGUCAAAACUGCUGUAUUCAAUAAAAAACAUUUGUCCAAAGGG